AUGCUGGUGUUGUCUGUUCAGUGUUACAGAUUUAGUUUUGUUGCUUCGACUUGUGGACGGGCUUCACCUGUGUUCUGGGAGAGUGGAGAUGUUUCGUGCACUGAAGGAUUUGGUUGGGUGUGUGACGCUGUCUUUGACCAGCAGGACGCAGAGGUUGUGUGUAGAGAGCUGGACUGUGGGGCUCCUGUACAGGUGCUGGGAGCAGCUGCUUUUGGUAAAGGAGAAGGCCGUGUUUGGUCAGAAGAGAUUCAGUGCAGAGGAAAUGAAUCUCAAAUAGACAUCUGUCCACGAUCAUCUUCACAGAAACACAGCUGUUCUCAUGACAAUGAUGUGGGAGUGAUCUGUUCUGGUUACACUGAUCUCAGACUGAUAGACGGUUCAGGCUCUUGUGCUGGAAGAGUGGAGCUUCAGUAUCUCAGUAAAUGGGGCACAGUGUGUGAUGCAUGCUGGGAUAUGAGAGAUGCCAGUGUCCUCUGUAGACAGCUGAAUUGUGGGAUUGCUGUGUCUGUUGUGGGAUCAGACUGG